AUGGAGACUGACACCUCGGAAGGUAUACCCGCCAACACUUCAAGCUCACAACCGGUUAAUCCAUUCAACCUGAUGCCUCGAACACUGGGCAAUGUAUUUCGUCGGUACAGCUUUUCUAAUACGAAUGCCACACCGGCCGAGCCAAGCUCAAUGCAUGGUCAGGCGAGUCCUGCAUCAAGCGGCAACCACUCAGCAACAUACCAGCCACCGGCAUCGCCCUCGGUGCAUAGGACACCGCGUUCUUCUCAUCGUUCAGCGACGUUUUCAUUUCCGCCACGGGCUCAAAAACACGAGGACAGUUGCAACCCAGCGAAUGAUCGCAUAUCAGCGCCAGCAUCAGAAUCAAGAUCCGGUUCCGACUCGCUCGACUUGGCAUUAACAGAAGCUGCUAGUACUCGUCGAAUGAAGAAAAUUCGGCUUACGCCAAUCAUCGAUUCGACCCGACCGCUCAUGUUCUUUCCUGCAGAACUUGAGCUAUUGGAGGGCGGCCCCGCGGUCCAGAUCGGUCGUUACUCUGAAAAGUGCUUGGAGCUUGACGCCGACAACGCCUCAGAGCCGCCUUAUAAUGGUGCAGACUCGGUUUCAUCGAAAGCGACCGCAGCUAAACAAGUUAUGAAAAAGCCUGUUAUUAUUGGCCGGCAUAAAACCUACAUCGCAUUCCAAAGUAAAGUCGUAAGUCGCCAGCAUGCGGAAUUGUGGUGUGAUCUUUCGGGACGUUUGUUUCUUCGCGAUACCAAGUCGAGCAGCGGUACAUUUGUUAAUCGCACCAGACUGUCGCCUCCGGGUGUUUUCAGCCGGCCAUACGAGUUGAAAGAAGGGGAUUGGAUCCAGUUCGGAAUUGACUUUCAAGGUGGCACUCAAGACUACUACCGAGCUAUUAAAGUGCGCUUUGAAUCGAACUAUAAACUAGACGUACGGCCGACUGAGUAUGGCAACAAUGUGCUUCGAAAGCUUCAGCGCGAGAGUCCUCCAAAGACAUCUUCGACAUCAAAAUCCGACGCACCUCAGCAUAACAACCCUGGCCUAAGUGAGUGUUGUAUUUGCCUGCUCAAGAUACGAGUCAGCCAGGCGCUCUUUAUUGCUCCUUGCUCACACAUGUUCCAUUUUAAAUGUAUUCGACCAAUGAUCAUGCUUCAUCACCCAGGCUUCUCUUGCCCUCUUUGCCGCUCAUUUCAUGAUAUGGAUGCGGAUCCCCAAGAUGAUACGGAUGAGGAAAACCACCUCACACAACCUAACCCGAACUCGAAAAUCGUUACGGGCAACUUCCCACGACCUUCCAAGCUUCUACCUCUCCCCCCUGAUGUGCGCGUGUCUGAGGUUCGCGAGACGUUGGAAACGAAUGCCGAUGUAACGACAAUCGAAUUAAAUGACAUGGCCUCAUUCAUCUCAGACCAAAGCAACAAUGUAUUAGAUGAUACGCAUGACAAUGCAUUCUCGACACCACUUCUUGAGCCUAGGACACUUGGCCAAAAUGAUUCAGCCGAAGGCUCAUCAGUGUAA